UUUGAAUACAAACUCCUAACUCAACUUUAUCUCGCUUGGAAGGUUCUCUAAUUUACGAUGCUCGCCGGCGGAAUUCUGACUCACUUUCAGGACUCAGGAAGGCUCUAUCGGACAAGCUGGCCUCUUUAGCUUGUAAAUUCAAAUUAAUGACCCAUGUCCGGCGAAUGUGCAGCCAUCGGCUGGCCGACUGAAAUCUUCAUCAAAAUGGAGAUAAAACUUUGUUUACGUUUUUGUUUCUCUCCUUUCAGGUUGUAUCACGGCGAGUCGAAUAACGGUUUUGGCUUCUUACGAUGCCAAUCUUGUUGCAUAGAUGUCGUCUUUUAUAAUGUCAUUGGAUUGUCGGCAUAACCCAAAGCCGUGCGGAAUUCAUCCUACACCCGGCCAAGACCAGGAGGCUCGAUGAUGUCCACAAGGCUUUGAGGCCAACGAAAGUGGUAAAAGUGUCAUUGUUGGUCAGAUUCGUUCUAUCUGGGAUGGACGCUGAGUACUACUACUACUACUGGGUACUUGGGUCUCGCUAGAUCGGCGUUACCCAGACUCACAUGGACUUGACUAGCAACUAGCACAAAGCAGCAGGAGCUCGGAGAAAAUCAAAUCUUGCCGGAGGGCCUUCUUUGCCCUACUGCAACAUCAUGAAGGAAUCAUCUCAGGCUGGUUUUGACCAACGCCAAAACUUCUCCCUCCAACCACAUCCCAGUGGGCAUCACCUCUCAAUGGCAUCGACUCGGAAAUCUCGAACCAAAUUGCAGAAGAUGAUAGUUCGACAGCGCCGAGCUCUCCAUGAGCCCGAAUACUCGGAUGGAGUGAGCAUCGAAAACGACCACGUUGAUGAUGGUGGUGGCCCUGAAAACCAUGUCGAGUAUGUAGGCUAUGAUAAUCGGCUGCAAUCGGAUGGCUGCCCUUCUCUAUACAAUCAGGGGCCCGCUUCGCUGCCAACCUUAGAAGAUCAAUCCAAGUCGAAUAAUAGCUCGAGUUUGCCUGAAUUGAGAUUCUUGCUGGAAGGGGAACGCGUCGAUUCCUUUCGAUUGAAGAAAGAACCCUCGUCGUCGAGGACGAAUCUUUACGUGAGCACGUUUCAACGUUUCCCUAGCGUAGGACAUCUCAUUCAAAUUUGCGAAUCUCGAGAUGAGGCCACGCUUGGCCUCAAAUUCCGCUCUCGCACGCUGCUGAACUUCGAUGACCCUAUCAAGACGAAAUCAAGGCAUAGCGUUCGCUCGAACUCGCCUGGAAUUCGGGCCCAAUUUACGCCCGGUGCCCUGUCAUCAUUACCAUCCUCCUCUUCCUCCUCCUCCUUUUCUUUUUCAUCUCCGUUCAAAGGACUUCGUAGUGCGUUUCAACCACCACCACCACCAUCACCAUCACAACCACCACCACCACCACCACCGUCAGCAGGUUCUCAACCCGAUUGCUCUUCGGUACCCUGGCAGCCAGAGGUCGGAACUCAUCAGGUCCUGCAUCCUCGAUGCUCUUUGAGCACUGAACAGGGUGACUCAGAGGAUAGGGCAAGAAAAAGAAGAGGCUCUUUUUGGCCGUCCCCUGUCCAUGCCCAGUUUAGGUCACACGCUCAUAUGUGCGCGCCUGAAGCGCCGACAUCGGACGAGCAAAAGACCCAUGAUGUUGAUCAUGAGGACGAGGAAGAGGAGAAGGACCUCGGAGAGCGGCGACGACAACCACGAAGACGACGACGACGACGAGGAGAGGGACUAACCCCACCACUUGGACGACGAUCAGAUGAACGGCGGCCAGGAAUAACCGAGUUUCAGAACACACCACCAUCACUUUUCAGUUGCAACGAGGCUUUGCUCAGUGAUGAGAGUGCUAUAGAAGAUUCUGACGAGCAUCUGAACAGUAGCGAGGAUGGCGAAUGGGGUGGUUUUAGUGAAUCUUCCUCCCAACUAGUGUAUAGAUCCUCCGUUAGAAUCAUGGUGAGGUCAGAGCGUUCCAGCGGCCAAACGGCCUCCAGUCACACUCGAUCUUGUUCUGCAGAGCGAGCAGUGCAUGAUAUGAGCGAGAAAGUGGCAAAUAAAGUGCGAAAAGAGUCUAUAGGUGUUCUUCAUAGGACCAUCGUCAAGGAGCAGUUCCGAUUACCUGGCGACCUUAUGGAGAAAAUGCCCUCAGCCACCAAUAGUCCUAUGCUCUUCCGCAAGAGUCCCUCUCGAGGCAAAAGCCCUUACGAGGAUCGGCCUUCAAUGUCGCCCUCCGAAGAAAUCAUGGUCUCUGACGAGAAAGGAGGCGAACCAGGAAAGAUGACCCACCAGAUGAGCGUGGCAUCCAUGGUUCAGAGAUUUGAACGCGACACCUCCGUGGAUCGAGCUCGAACCCGGGGUGCGAGUCACAGCAAUAGUCAAGAGGUUCUCAAACGAUGGCCUCCAUCGCCGAAAACCACACAAGAGAUUGUCGUGAUCCCACCCAACGACUUCCAAGAGGAGGACGAUGUCGUGGACGAGGCGAAAGCGCCCACUGCAGCUGUUGUGGCCAACGCCACACCUACCACCGUGGCCCCAAGUCCCGCCCGAAAAUCAAUCGCUACCAAGAUUAGCAACAAUGCUCCGAAUAGUUCUGUGAUAAAACCGAAGAAGAUGUCGUCGAGUGUGACCCCGUCGUCGUCGUCGUCGUCGUCAGUCAAAGCAUCUCCUAAAACAGGUGUCGCGUCCACCACGGCUUCUCCUCAACCAUCCUCCAACGCGACUAGCACCAUUAACACCUCGUCUUCUCCAGCCUCGGGUCUCGUAAAGCGACCCACGACCACAUCGAGGACUUCUUCAAAUCACUCUCAGACUAAAUCUGACAGCCAUCAUCAAUCAUCAUCACCAUCAUCCAGGCCUAGCUCCACCACAGGUCCUGCCCAAGUUUCAGUCCCAACUGCUCCGUCGCCGUCGUCGUCUUCGUUGUCGCCUCCUCCUCCUCCUUCUUCAUCACCAUCAUCGUUAUCCUCAGUCUCUGUUGUGGCCAGAGCCAAGUCUGCACUCAAAACCACCUCGGACGCAUUACCCGUGGCGGCCAAAAUCGAGGGGAAAAUAGGUGCGGGCACGGCUACCUCCAAGAGCAUCCGAUCCCACUCGUUGAAUAUUGAAAAGAACCCCUUGGGUAAGUCCGCUUCGCAAAAACCGACAACUUCAUCCAUCUCCGAGUCAUCUUGCGCAAGUGGCUGUGGAUCUGGCGGCACCAAAUUGAAAUCAUCGACAUCUUUCGCGUCAUCGUCAGGCAGCAAAAAGUCUACGUCUUCUGUGACAGUUAAGCCUCAUCCAAACAAGGUGAACAGGAACUCCACCAGUGGCAGUGGACCCAUACUUACUAACAUCAACAGUCACAGCAGCCCCGUUGGUCCCACUUUUAUGGCGACUGCAGGUGUCCCUGUGGUCACGACCCCUAGCCUAAACGAGAAACGAGUAACUUCCGACUCUGGGAACACAUCUGUUUCACAACAACAACAACAACAACAUCCGAAACUUCAACCACAACAACAACCGCCAUUGAGUGCGAAAAAUGCCCUCCCGUCGUCAAUCCCAACCAGUACAUCUAAGAAGAAGAAAUCUGCAUCGGGAGCUCCAUCAGCCACAACGUCCUCUGUCAAGACAACCGGACCCAUUGGUGGUAACAAUGGGCCAGGAGGACCAACGUCCUCGAGCUUGGAGAAAAAGAAAGUGAACAACUCACUUCAGAAACAGAGUUCAAAGCCUGAUCAAGUGAGUGGAAAUAGUGGGGAAAGAACAAAAAAGCCAGACCUAGUUAAGGGGGUUGUGGUGGGGGAAAAGGGCAAGCCCAUCACCAACACCACCGCCACUGCAACCAGCCACCCGACGAAGGCGUCCUCCCCAAAUAAGUCCAGCUCCAAAGCCCCGUCCCAAUUGAGGCUCGUCUUGGAGUUGGGUGGCGACCAAGAUGAGAAGUCGAAAUCCAUUGAUAACGUUAGUACCAUCGUGAAUGUGUCAUCUUGUUCAUCCUUGUCACCAUCGUCCUCGGUGACUGGAUCAAUUUCCGCUAGUGAAGAGACUUCCUUGGAAGUGGGAUCGGCAGCUAUCUCGGGCGCCAAGCCGUCGGCCCGUGUGGUUUCUGGCAUUCCCAAAAAUCGUGAACCAGUGGGGGGCCUUGCCGAACGAGACGACGACAUUGGGGGUGAGUCACCCAACGUGUCGGAAGACGAACACGACCAGGAUCGCGAAGAUGAGAGAAGAGAUCGACUUGAACGCAUGGACCAAUCUUUCAUCGUACCCAGCCAAGCUUCCGAGAGGGCUCUCUCCAGUCUGGGCAAGGUCAAUAAAAGGUCAGAGUCGGACGGCAUUGUUUUGGCCGAAAGGCCCAAGCCCGAUAAAACGGUUCGGCGAUGCGAGAGUAUUGACGAUGCCGGGGCCAGCGCCUCGGCCGCAACGGCUGCGGCAGCUUUAGAAGCCCCCAUAUUCCCACAGAACAUUAAAACUGUCUCGUCGGCCACCAUAGUCAAAGGACCCGAGGAUGCCACCGUGAGCCUGGGCCAAACUGCCCAUUUGAAUGCUCACUACUUCGGCAACCCUGAGCCUCGAGUCACUUGGUUAAAGAAUGGGUCACGAAUCUACGCUGACGAUGAUCGUAUCCUCAUUAAGACUUACUCGGGCGAAUCCACCUUGAUUGUACGUGACUUAAGAGCAGAUGAUUCUGGAAAAUACGAGGUUUUGAUUGAAAACGAGGUUGGAAACGAUGCUGCGGUAGCUUCUGUUGGCGUAGAAGGGCCUCCGGAGCCGCCAGCGGGCAGGCCAUUUCUCUCGGAUGUGGACUUUGCCAAUUCGAGUCUGACUCUGGCGUGGUACGGCUGCACAUUUGAUGGAGGCUCAAUCGUCACCGGUUACCUGGUCGAGAAGUCACAUUGGCUCAUUGGGCAACGUCCUGAAGCGCCCGAAUGGAUCAUGCUCACGUCCAAUUGCAACUCCACCUCAUUCCGAGUCAAGGGCCUCGACCAGGACAAGGAGUACAUCUUCAGGGUUCGAGCCCAAAACGUCUAUGGCCAGAGCUCACCUGGUCGAGCAUCAGAGCCAUUCAGCUUUAUUCAGCCUCCAUCAGGGGGUGAGAGACCCAGUCCAGGAUCUGGGACCAAUGCCUCAAACAAUGAAGAGACUGAAGACUUGGACAACGAUCCGUUUGACGCUCCUUUUCAGCAUAGAAUUGUGACCUUAGAGACCGGCUCGAUAUUCAAGACCAAGUAUGAAAUCUAUGAGGAGCUUGGUCGGGGUCGGUUUGGUGUGGUGUUCAAAGUGAAGGACAAGGAUACCAAUGAGUACUUCGCCGCCAAGUUUGUUCGUUGUAGAAAGCAAGAAGAGAAGCAGAAAGUGCGAGAUGAGAUCGACAUCAUGAAUGGUCUCGAGCAUCCUCGUCUGCUCCAAUUGGCUGCGGCCUAUGAAAACCCUAAGGAGAUCAUUAUGGCCAUGGAGUACAUCGGAGGAGGCGAACUCUUUGAAAAAGUCGUUGCAGACGAUUUCACCCUCACGGAGCGUGAUUGUAUGCUUUUUAUGAGGCAGAUUUGUGCUGCCAUUGGCUACAUGCAUGCCAAGGACAUUGUUCACUUAGACUUGAAGCCCGAGAAUAUUCUGUGCAAGUCUAAAAAGUCCCAUCAGAUCAAGAUUAUCGAUUUUGGACUCACGCGCAAGAUCAAGCCCGACGAAGACGUUCGCAUCCUCUUUGGCACACCAGAGUUCGUGAGUCCAGAAGUGAUUAAUUAUGAGCCUGUGACAGCCACCAGUGACAUGUGGAGUGUGGGCGUGGUUUGCUAUGUCCUCUUAUCAGGACUAUCACCUUUCAUGGGCGACUCGGACGUGGAAACCUUCACCAAUAUCACCAGCAUUGCUUAUGAUUUUGACGAUGAGGCCUUUGAUCCGAUUAGCGAUGACGCUAAAGACUUCAUCAGAAAGCUCCUGAUCAAGAACCAACGAAAGCGAAUGUCAGCUGAGGAUUGCCUCAACCACAAAUGGCUGGCCUUGGCCGAGCACACGUCCAAGCAAAACUUCAAAGAAAUCAAUACCGACAAACUGAAGUCAUUCUUGAUGCGGAGAAGAUGGCAGAAGGCCGCCCAUGCUAUCCGAGCUUUGGGCCGCUUUACGUCCUUGGGCUUCCGACAUGACUCCAAGGACUCGGCCAGUUCGAUUAUCAGCACACAGAGUGCUGCCUUUUAAUUGUUUGUUAGCGUAAUAAUCUGUAACAUGAUCAUACUAUGCCAAUCGGUGGUUCCACCUGCUAAAUGUAGACAACUUGGAUUCUCCAUUGGGCUUGUUGUACUACAGACCAACAGGGGCCAAGAAAGUGGCAUCUUAGUAGAAGGCAGUGUGCCCGUCGACAAUAUCCUGCUGACACUACUGCCUCUUCUAAUAAUGCUGUUGCUUCCAUUCCUUCUGCUAACGCGGCAAUCACGUGUUCUUCUUUUUCUAUCAUCAAUAUACUUACUACCAAUACUUUUACAACAAUUUCUAUCCCCCAAUCUUCUUCAGUUACAUACCUAUAAUUUAUAUAUGAGUUAUUUCUUUGUUAAACUUGAGAACAUAAUAUACCAUGCGUGUUUAUUACU